AUGAGGGACAGGGAUGUGGGGAACUUCACCGUCCAGUACGAGCAUAAGAGGAGAAUAAUACCAGUCUCUGGACUUAUUAACCUUAACAAUGAUAUGUGCAUCGUAGGGGCUGGGGCUAAAGUGAGUGAAAAGGUUGGAGGAGCAGAAGGAACCAAGUUAGAUGAUGAUUUCAAAGAAAUGGAGAGGAAAGUGGAUGUCACCAGCAGGGCUGUGAUGGAAAUAAUGACCAAAACAAUUGAAUAUCUUCAGCCUAAUCCAGCUUCUAGAGCUAAACUCAGCAUGAUUAAUACUAUGUCCAAGAUCCGAGGUCAAGAGAAAGGACCAGGCUAUCCUCAGGCUGAGGCCCUGCUUGCGGAAGCCAUGCUGAAGUUUGGAAGGGAGCUUGGUGAUGAAUGCAACUUUGGCCCAGCCCUUGGUGAUGUAGGGGAGGCCAUGAGGGAGCUUUCAGAGGUAAAAGAUUCUUUGGACAUGGAAGUGAAGCAAAAUUUCAUUGAUCCUCUCCAGAACCUCCAUGAUAAGGACCUACGGGAAAUACAGCAUCAUCUAAAGAAGUUGGAGGGUCGACGCCUGGACUUUGAUUACAAGAAGAAAAGGCAAGGCAAGAUUCCAGAUGAGGAGCUUCGCCAAGCUUUGGAGAAAUUUGAUGAGUCUAAAGAAAUAGCUGAGUCAAGCAUGUUCAACCUCCUGGAAAUGGAUAUUGAACAGGUGAGCCAGCUCUCUGCACUGGUACAAGCCCAGCUGGAGUACCACAAGCAGGCUUCCCAGAUUCUGCAGCAAGUUACUGUCAGGCUUGAGGAAAGGAUAAGAGAAGCUUCAUCUCAGCCUAGAAGAGAGUAUCAGCCUAAACCUCGCAUGAGUCUGGAGUUUUCAUCUGGAGACAAUACUCAGCAUAAUGGAGGCUUGUCCCAUACUAGCACUCCUAAGCCAUCAGGUGUCCCAAUGGAUCAGCCCUGCUGCCGAGCUCUGUAUGAUUUUGAACCUGAAAAUGAAGGCGAGCUGGGUUUUAAGGAGGGUGAUGUCAUCACCCUCACCAACCAGAUUGACGAGAACUGGUAUGAGGGGAUGCUUCAUGGUCAGUCAGGCUUCUUCCCUAUCAAUUAUGUGGAGAUUCUGGUUGCCCUGCCUCAUUAG